AACUUCCAAACAAACCAACCGUCAGAGAAGAAAAAGAGUGCGCAUUCGUGUUUACGUUGCCAAUCUUUUGCGUAUCAUUCAGAAACAAAUUGAACAUUUUUCGACUCCUGAUGCGAAAAAAUGAACAUUCUGGGGAGAAUAGUUCGCACAACGAUCUACUGUAGAGCACCGCUGGCAGCUUCCGGCCACCGAUCAAUUAUUCCAGCAGCGGUAAGCAGCACCAACUAUCAAAUACAAUACGCUUCUAAAUCAACCAAAGCUGGAGAUUCGGCAACCGCUGAGGGAAAUGCUCCGACCGGGACGAAGAAGCCCAAAACGGCACCGAAAAUUACCCUCGUUGGACCCGAUCACAGUGUUUCGAUCAUGAACCUGGACGAGGCGCAGAAAAUAUCCAAACGGCGCGACCUGAAGCUGGUCAAGGUGGUGGACUUGGAUUUGAAAACUCAGCGACCGGUGUACAAGCUCAUGACCAGUGCGGAAUACCUCGAGGAAGAUUUGAAACGCCGUGAGGAAAAGAAACGCAACAAGCAGGAAGCGGCCAUCAAAGGGGACAAGCUGCUGACCGUCAGCGCACGGAUUACGGAGCACGAUCUGCUGUCCAAGAUUCACAACGUGCAGAAGUGGCUCAACAAGCAGUACGAGGUGCGGGUCAUCGUGUCUGGCGAUGGGGACAAAGCCAAACAGGAAUCGGUGGCUAGCGCGUUCGAAAAUCACGUCAAAGAUCUGGGCAGAAUUGUUCAGAAGCGCUUCAGGGACAACGAUAUGCGCUUUCAGAUUCUGCCUAUCCUCAAUUCUUCGAAUCAGGAAACUCCCCACACUGCCACGUUGAAAAAACCCGCUCAAACCGGGAAGAAUCCCGGCCCCGAGCACCAAUCCGUUAGGGCAUUUCAUUCGGCAUCUUUCGUGUCGGCGGCGUGACAAUCAAAGCCCCGGGACGAGAAUAUGCAAUCGGAUGAUUCCCACGGAGGUCGGCGGAUUCGCGGAGAUUUGCAUCAGCUUGUGAAGCCGCUGGGCUUCGUUGGAUUGUUCCUGUUGGCCAAGUAUACGUUCUGGUCCUACAUAUGGCGCCGUGGCAGCGACUCGACGACCAAGAGAUGAUUAUGAUUAAGUGGAAAUUUUUAGUUUUGAUGUAGCCUUGCAGCGUUAUUAGCAAAAUAUAGUCGAUCGAGUUCAGCAUAG